UCAUCUCACACCCACAAAACCCACCAUCACCGUCAUACAGUCCACCUCCCACCCUUCACCAAAUCUGCACCCACUUUCUGUAUAUUUCAGUCAUUAAUGGCGUCGAUCGUAAGCCACUUACUCAAAUCGUUUAUUGAAUCAAUUUAGAUAUCGAUUUGUUGAAAUUCCAGUUCCGACCUACAAGAUUUCCAUGCUUUGGAGACCAUCGGAAUUGAAUACUGGAUGCAUUUUCACUUGGACUUCGAAAGGGGGUUGAUUGAAGAAAAUGGUGUAGAGGUGUAAUGGGGAAUAUGUGAUGAGGAUACACGUGUGCAUCAAUAGAUGCGGCCUAAUGAAUAGCUACCAGACAUUUGCUCAUUUGCUGGUACUAUUCAUAAGCUAAGAGAAUCAAAUAGGUGGUUAAUUCAACAAAGUAAAAGAUUGUGAAAGUACAUAAUGUCGACAUUUUAUUGAGUUUGCGACCUCCUUGACUCCUUGUGUGUGGUUCACAUAUUUCCCAAUUAUCUUUCAUUUCUUCCCACUUUAAAAAGUUCUUUGCAACCAUCCGGUGAAAGCUUCUAUAGAAAACAUAUAAUUUUUUAGCAUCUGUCAAGCAUAAGCAUACCUUCAAUGGCUUCUUCAAGUUCACACGCUCACAACAAGAACUACGUGUACGAUGUGUUUCUUAGCUUCUGUGGUGAAGACACUCGCAAGACCUUCGUUGAUCAUCUCUAUGAUGCUCUUGAUCGACAUGGUAUUUGCACGUUCAAGGACGAUCAGAAACUCCAGAAAGGAAAAGAGAUAAAUGAUGAGCUCUUACAAUCUAUUCAAGACUCCAGAUGCUACAUUAUUGUUUUCUCCAAACGCUAUGCGUCUUCAUCAUGGUGCUUAAACGAGCUUUUAAAGAUCAUGGAGUGUCACAAGACGAACGGGCAGACGGCUUUCCCCGUGUUCUAUGAUGUGGAUCCCUCUGAUGUCCGAAAACAAACUGGAUCUGUUGGAGAAGCACUUAUCGUACAUAAAAACAAGAGUGAAGAGAUUGGAAAAUGGAGAGAGGCUCUUAAAGCAGCAACCAAUUUGUCUGGAUGGGAUGUGAGGAAGACUGCUAACGGGCAUGAAGCUCAAGUCAUUAAAUUAAUUGUUGAAAAGGUUUCACUCGAGUUAUGGCCCACUAAUAGUUAUGUCGAUGAGAAUUUAGUAGGCAUGGAACAAAGGAUGCAAGAUCUCGAUAGAAGGUUAGAGAUUGGUUUAAGUGAUAUUCGCAUGAUAGGCAUCAAGGGCAUGGGAGGUAUAGGGAAGACAACUCUAGCCCGGGCUAUUUUUGAUAAAAUAUCCAUUAAUUUUGAAGGUAAAAGCUUUGUAGAGAAUGUGAGGGAAAAAACCUCUAAGUUCGGUUUGGAGAAGUUGCAAGAACAAGUCCUUAGAGAUGUAUUAAAGGAUAAAUGCAUUAGUGUACAAAAUGUUCAUGAGGGAAAAAAUUUAAUGAGAAAGAGGUUGUGUGGUACAAAAGUUCUUGUUGCUCUUGAUGAUGUGGAUCAUGAAGGGCAACUUGAGGAAUUAGCCGGUGAUCCUAAUUGGUUCAAGCCGGGAAGUAGAAUUAUAAUUACAACUAGAGAUGAGCAUGUGCUCAAUAUAUACACAGAGAAGUGGAUCUAUGAUGUCAACCUGUUAUCUACUAAGGAAGCGAUUCGCCUCUUUAGUAGGCAUGCAUUUGGGAAAAAUAUUCCAACUCAAGAGUAUGAAAGCCAAUCACACGAAGUUGUACGUUAUGCUGCUGGUCUCCCCUUAACAAUAAAAGUUUUGGGUUCAUUUCUUCGUGGUAAAAAGAAGUCUGAAUGGAGUGAUGCACUAGCCAGACUUGAAAAAAUUCCAUUGAAGAAAACUCUUGAAAUACUAAAAGUAAGCUACGAAAGCCUUGAGGAUGAUUACAAGAAUAUAUUCCUAGACGUGGCAUGCUUCCUCAAAGAUUGGGAAGAAGAUGAUGCAAUACGAAUGCUUGAAAGCUGCGGAUUUCAUCCUAGAAAUGAUUUAAGAGUUCUUGAGAAAAAAUCUCUAUUAACUUUAAAUAAAAGUUCUGGUUCAUUCAUACAAAUGCAUGACCAUUUAAUAGAACUUGGCAAGGAUAUUGUCCGCCGAGAGCAUCCGGAUGAGCCCAACAAACAUAGCCGGUUAUGGAUUCAAGAGGAAAUCGAACAUGUCUUGGCUGGUAACUCGGAUAACGAAGCAGCAAAAUGUAUAGACCUAAAUAUCACUCGUGGUAUUUAUUUGAAAGGUUUUGGAAAUAUGAAGAAACUUAGAUGCCUUAUUGUGAACCAUGGAAAGCACAAAGUUUCUCAUGACCUUGUGAACCACUUGUGGAAACAUGACAAAGGUCGCUCGUAUUUUCCAAACUCGUUACAAUAUCUAUAUUGGUACGAGUACCCUAAUCGGUGUUUACCCAAAACAUUUGAAGCAAAUAAUCUUGUUGCACUUGAAAUGCCUUGGAGCAAUAUCAAACAACUUUGGAAAGGAGAAAAGGUUAUGAAGAAGCUCAAAUUCCUUAACUUGAGUUAUGCAAAAGAGUUAAGGAGCCUUGACCUGGGGCUGACACCCAAUCUUGAGAGGUUACAUCUUAAAUGUUGUUAUAAAUUGGUAGCACUUGACGUGCACGAUGGAUGUCUAAAAAGCCUUGUCUAUUUAAACCUAACUGAGUGCAAGGGUUUGGAGUCUAUAUCUUUUAUCAAGCAGAUGGAAUCUCUUGAGGUUCUUCAUCUAUGUCAUUUAGAUCUGAAGGAAUUCCCGGAUUAUAUAGUCACAAGGCACACCCGCAAUACUUUGCUAGAGUUGAAUCUUUCACAUAAUGAAGAUAUAAAAGAAGUACCCUCAUCAAUUGGAAAUCUUCAUCAGCUUGUCUCCCUAAAUCUCGGUUGGUGUAGUAAACUUAGGAGUGUUCCAGGAAGCAUUUGUAGGUUACAACAUUUGACAACUCUUCACCUUGGAUUCACUGCUAUAGAGGAAUUGCCAGAGGACCUUGGCCAACUGGAAUGUUUAGAAUACCUUUAUUUAAGUAGUACAAAAGUUAAACAUAUCCCUAGUAGCAUUUGUAUGUUGAAACAUCUCAAAACCCUAAUUCUUGGAGUAUGUGAUGAUCUUGAGAAGUUACCUGAGGAUGUUGGCCAAUUAGAAUCUUUGGAGAUAUUAAAUCUAACAUUUUGCCAUAAUUUAAGAAAAAUUCCCAACAGCAUUUGUAAGUUGAAAUGUCUUAGAGAGUUGGAUCUUUUUGGAUGUUGGGAGCUUAAAAAACUCCCAGACGAACUAGGGAACUUAAAAUGUUUACAAUUCUUAGAUCUAAAACAUUGCCGUAAGUUACGAGAAAUUCCCAACAGCAUUUGUAAGUUGAAAUGUCUCAAAGAGUUGAAUCUUUUUGGAUGUUGGUGGCUUGAAAAACUCCCGGACGAACUAGGAAACUUAAAAUGUUUACAAUUCUUAGAUGUUAGGGAGACCGGCAUAUCUAAGCUUCUUCCACAGAGCAUUUAUUCAGUGAAAGGUUUGGAAAUCCUUAAUUGAAAGGUUUGAAAAUUGAGAGAUAAUUUACGUUGGAAGAAGAAGUGGCAGAGGGCAAUUGAAGAGUGAAGCUCACACUGGCUUCACGUCUUCCCCAAUUGGGUGUUAAGUUUACAAUUAUUAAGUGUUUGGGGUACUGGCAUAACUCACCUUCCACAUAGCAUUUAUUCAGUGGAAGGUUUGGAAAUCCACAAUCCCAGCCCCCGCUACAGAUAUUGAUGAAACUCUUUGUGACUCAGAUCCUCUCCAUAGGACUCACUAUGCCUUCUGUGAUAUGCUCCAAGAGAUAGGGUUUAACGGCAAGCAUAAUGAAGAGCUUUGGAGUGCUCUUCUUUCUGAUUGGGAGCUUGAAAAGGCCAUGAAAUUCAUAGUUGACCAGGAAGCUUUGUUUAGAAGGUAAUUUGCGUCAUGAUGUAAACGCUAUUUUAUCACCUCUUUGACUUUUGAGGUCAAAUAUUACUCUCUAAAUCUAGAAUCCAUAUGUAGUGUACUCAGUUUUCCUUCCUAUUCUAGAUUGUCAGAUUUGAGAUUGGGGCUACUGAAAUGUUAUACAUAUGUUCGUUUU